GCAGCCAUGACUGUUCGGGGCAUGACUGUUUGUAGCUUUGGCGUCCAGGCAGAUGCCAUGUGGGGCGGGGACUUUCCAGACCUUACUAGGUGCUGGUAGAUUCGGGCAGUCAUAACUAAAUUAUCGAAUAAAUAUGGAUGCUAUAAGGUUUCUGGUGGUUAUUUUGGUGUUUGAGAUUUUCAAGUUUGGUUUCAGCGAGUCAGAUGCGAGGUGGAAGACCUACAUUAAUAAAAUCACUGAAGGUGUUCAGAACUAUCAGCCCUGUGAACAACGCAACUGUAGCUGCUAUUACAGAGUUUUGGAGAAUGACCUCUUGCCUUUCCGAGGGGGGGUCUCUCAGGCUCUGCUUUGGGACACUGUUAAUCGCGGGGUUGGUACACACUACCAAGUCAUCAAGAACAAACUGUACCGGGAGGGUAACUGCAUGUUUCCAGCCAGGUGUAGCGGAGUGGAGCAUUUUAUUUUGGAGGUGAUUGACAGGUUGCCUGAUACAGAGCUUGUGAUCAAUGUCCGGGAUUAUCCACAAGUGCCCAGAUGGAUGAAGCCGAUCCAGCCAGUCUUCUCUUUUAGCAAGACAUCUGAAUACCAAGAUAUCAUGUAUCCAGCAUGGACGUUUUGGGAAGGAGGCCCUGCAGUGUGGCCGAUCUACCCCACUGGUUUAGGACGCUGGGAUCUCAUGAGAGAUGAUCUAGAAAAAGCUGCAAGAAAUUGGCCUUGGGGGAAGAAGCUCCACAAGGGAUUUUUCAGAGGAUCAAGAACAAGUGCAGAGAGAGACCCCCUUAUUCUGUUAUCAAGAGAGGAUCCAGAACUGGUGGAUGCUGAGUACACUAAAAACCAAGCCUGGAAGUCAGAAAAGGACACGCUUGGUAGGCCUCCAGCCAAAGAAGUCCCAUUAGUAGACCACUGCAAAUACAAGUACCUGUUUAAUUUCCGAGGUGUGGCUGCCAGUUUCCGGUUGAAACAUCUGUUUCUGUGUGGCUCGCUGGUUUUCCACGUGGGAGAGGAGUGGCUUGAAUUCUUUUACCCACAGCUGAAACCGUGGGUCCAUUACAUACCUGUGAAACAAGAUCUUUCUGAUCUCGGGGAGCUGCUCCAGUUUGUGAAAGAAAAUGAUAACUUUGCACAGAAAAUAGCCAAGAGGGGGCACCAAUUUAUAUUAGAUAAUUUACGAAUAGAGGAUGUUACUUGCUAUUGGGAGAGACUGCUGACAGAAUACUCCAAACUCCUCACAUAUCAACCAAAAAAGAAGAAUAACUACAUCCAGAUCACGCGAAAACAGGGGAAAACAGAACUGUGAUCUUGUUCAAGAGCAUUUUUUGUUAUACAGAAGUGAUUGUUCUAUUGUCUAGCAUUUUAAUAUUUUUGUAGGAUUCACCAUUGACCAUUUUUUAGCUUUUUUCUUUAAGCUUCAGGUGGUGACUGACUGCAAAGAGGUGUUAGUUGUGACUGGCUUUAAUUGAUUCUUCUGUCAAAUUGUCAUUGCUGUGCAGUGGAACUAACUUAAGUGUACCAUGGCUUAAAUUUUUGAAUUUUCAGAAAAAAAUAAGUAUAAAGUUUUUUUCCAUAAUUUGUAUUAAAA